UGCCUACCAAAAAUAUUCAAAACACCCCAAUAAUUAAUUAAAGUAACAUUCAAUUAAAAUGCUAACAAUUAUAAUUAAAAAAAGCUUUAAGUGUCGUCCGCUCCGAGAAAAGAUGAGAAAAUACUCAGAAACCUAAAAAGCUUUCACGUAAGUAUAUUGCUUCUCUCUCUCCAUCCAUUUCUAUGGCCAAAUAUGGAACCAAUUAGCUUCUCUCUGGCCAUCAUCAGAUCUUUUUGAAACUGCCUUCCUCUUCUUCUCUUCUCGUUUCUUUCUUUUUUGGUAAUCCUCCGUUAUAUUCUUGUAAUCAAUCUCAAGAAUGGCUCAGUCAUGCCUUAAGAUCGUUCGACUCAACAACCUCAAGAACAGAGUGAACCGUAGGAUUUUGAUUCUCCGUCGAUACACUCGGCUUCUCUGGAGCAGAAUCGUCGCUUUCGCUCCCAGAAAAUCACGGAGAUAUCUGUUGCUGUCACGCGCCGCCACCCCGUCUCCAUCCGUCUCUCGUCCUCAGCCUCCCCCGAUCCCCGCCGUGGAAACUGGUGGCGGUGAGUUCGUUCGCCGCAUAUCGGUACACGAACAAGAUAACAGCCACCGGAGAUCUGAUUCUGAUCUGGUUUCUCUGAAGAUCAGUCUCUUAGGAGAUCCCGAGAUCGGAAAAACUUGCUUCCUGGCGAAAUAUGUUGGUGAGGAGAAAGAAUUUGAAAUGAGGGAACUGGAGAAAGGGAUUAAUUGCACGGACAAGAUGUUAUCCAUGGGAGGUGCUCGCAUUUCCUAUAGUAUCUGGGAAUUAGAAGGAGCUGAGAAAUCACGGGAUCUGAUCCCCAUGGCUUGCAAGGACUCUGUAGCUAUUCUCUUCAUGUUCGAUUUGACUAGUCGUUGCACACUUAACAAUGUGAUCAGCUGGUAUCAAGAAGCUAGAAAGUCUAAUCAGACUGCGAUCCCAGUUAUGGUAGGAACCAAGUUUGAUGAGUUUAUCCAGCUUCCUAUUGAUCUUCAGUGGACUAUUGCUAGCCAGGCGAGAACCUACGCAAAGGCGCUAAACGCGACGCUCUUCUUCUCGAGUGCUUCGUACAACAUAAACGUAAAUAAGAUCUUUAAGUUUGUCACGGCGAAGCUCUUUGACUUACCAUGGACGGUGGAGCGGAAUCUCACCAUCGGAGAACCACUCAUCGACUUCUAGCAUCUUCCACGACGUAUAUUUAGCUAUACAUAUUUUUCAUUCAUUAUCGCCGUGUGAUUGGUCGGACCAGCCGGCCGUCUAGUAAACGAACUGGAGACAUGAUGAGGCGGAGAUUUCGCCCGCGUUCUUCACUAUUAUAUGUUUCUUUUUCAAACAAACAUCAAAACAAAAAUGUAUCGAGAGAAAAGUUGCACGAGAAAAAAAAGAAGAGAAGAUCGUGAUUUUUUUCUUAUUCUUUUUAUAAUGUUUCCGAUUUCGAUAACAACUGGAGAAUUUUGGUCCUAGUAAAUUCUAAAUAGUAAAUACCAUUUUGCU